UUUAAAUAUUUGGCUGCUUCAUGAAGCUACCACCACUUCGGAAAAGCUACUUCUUUUGCAGGCGAAGGGGUUGUCUUGAUCUUACCCCCCGGGGCUCUUCUCCUUUCGUCGAACGGGAAACGAACGGCCAAACCCGAACCCUAUGUAUGCAUUCAUCGGCGGAAGCUCAUUCUAGCCGUCGCAUUAAGGCGGUGUAGCUGCCGGCGAAGCCUAGACCUCGGAUUUCUGUCAUCGUCGCCGAACUCCAGCCAUUGUUGGCACUCACCCUGCUCCAUUUCGAUACCCGACGACGUAGAGUGUGCUGGCUCGCAGCCUGAACCUGACUGCUUAGCCUCCUUUGGUUCAGUCCCCGCCGGAGGGGAUUUCUCAUAGGUCGAGCUCCGCCGUGGAAGCUGGUUGCGCCACCGUUCACUGUUGAAAACUUAAAAUUUUCUAUCUAGCUCUUCUUAGAUUUUGAUCUGCUAAAGCUCAAUUGUGAUGGAUAGCUCGUCUCAAGCUGCAAAUUAUUUAGCUGCUAUGGAGAUUGAAUCUGACGAUAUACCAAGUGGGAUGAUGCCAACUGAUGAUCAAUGUUUCCUCCUGUACUUCGUCAUGGGGACCUACUUUGGGCCUGAUCUUAAGGGAUGCGGGCCACCAAAAUCUGUUCUGCAAAGAGUGGCUGAGGGUCUUCUUCCGUAUGAUCAUCAUCAACUGGCUGGGUCCUACAUGAAAAUGGUGGAUAUUGAGCGGAUAUAUUAUUAUGUACUUAAGAAUGCCGAUGAAUCUGUUGUAGCAAAGUUACCUAUCUUGCAUCAGUUCCUUAAGGGCAAUCUCCCCAACUCAGAUCAAAGCCCAGCUGCUUUUUACCCUCAAUUUCCUGAUCUCUUUCCUGUGCAAUUGCAUCCACAUUCACAGAUAAAAAAUCAGGAUAAUGUGGUUGAAAACAUUGUUUUCGUUAACAACCCAGAAGCCCUUUUCAUGAAGCCAGAGGAUAUCAAUAGGUUUAAGAGGCUAGCUCAGCUAGAAGAUAUUAUUUUGGACAGAGAUGCUCUGAGCUUGCAAACCCUAAUGGCUGGCGGGGAUUUGUACAAUGUCUCUGUGCAAGGGGAAGAAUUUAAUUGUGACUUACCUUCUCUUGGGGUUUCACGUAUUUCGCAGAGAAAAAGACAUGCAAAUGAUAUCCCAGAUUCUGAGAACCCUCAGUUUGUCACACCUGUUAGUAGCAUGCCAGUUAAUGAUAUACCAAUGACACUCAAUUCCGCUCCAUUGCCAGAUGAAAUGGAAAACAGGAGUGCGCAGAAACAUGGCCCAGCUAUGAUAUUUCUUCCUUCUCAGCCAUCUGGGGAUGAGUGGGAUAAUAUUAUGGCUGCUACCAAGACAGGAUUUGCUCUUACUGGAAGUGCAACGAUGGGGCAGGUGGGACCACUUAUUGGACUCAUGGACAUUGGCGAGUGUGAGGACUCAUACCUAUUUCGGGUGUCCCUUCCAGGGGUGAAAAGGGAUGAAAGAGAAUUUAGUUGUGCCGUUGAGAGUGAUGGGAAAGUACUGAUUAGGGGUGUAACGACAACAGGUGAAAAAACGGUACGAAGGUUUGCCCAGAUGUUUGAGAUGCAAACGCAGAACCUUUGUCCCCCGGGGCAGUUCUCCUUAUCAUUCCAGAUGCCAGGACCUAUCAAUCCUCAACAGUUCUCUGCUAAUUAUGGCACCGACGGAAUACUCGAGGGAAUCGUGAUGAAGGCGGAUAAGCAGUGCAAGAACUAGUUUUGCUUUUUCCCAUGUUGAUGUUGUGUUGUAGACCUUGUCUCUCAAGCUGAACCUUGAACUGAGUUCUCUAUGUUUCCUUUAGUAAUGGUAAGUUGAUGUGUUCUAAAGUGAGAAUAAGUAGUGUGUUACAUGUGGUCUGUCCUUGUUUCUUUGUCUUGGCAUUUCAUUGAAAUGAAGAAUAAGCUUUAUUCACAAA